GUUUCCGGUCUGGGUAGCUUGUGUUGGUAAACUUUGUGAAAGCAAGGUGGAAUUAGGGAUAAUUGGAGCAUUGCUGUAGUGAGAUGAUGCACUGUUGCCUGGAGUCCUUCUGCCAGAUCAAGGAUGUGAGUGAAGAUGCCACUGCUUUUGGGAAAAGUGUUGGUGCGGGAGUCUUGCCAUUAGGGCAGUGAAUCAGAGUGUUUCUGCCAGGAUUCCUCUUGUUGGAUUGCGGACACAAUUGAAGAUAUUUUUCUCAUUGUAGUAUUUUGAGUGACUGUCUCCAUCUGUGCAAGGCAUUCUUCAACUGGGCUUUUACCAGAUGACUUGGCCAGCUGGAAUAUUACUUCAAGCCAACUCCCCUGCAUCAGGGUGAAUAGCUGUUGCAGAUAAAAGAAAUUUUCGUAGGCUGCAGUGCUUAAGAAUGUCACUUUUACAAAACAGUGUGGUGGGUUUAUUGGGCUGUGGAGCCUUAUCCAGUGCCUGUCUAGCAGAGGCUGCUAACAGUAAAAAAAUGAAUGCCCUGGGUGUCGAACCUAGCACUCGGACAGAAAGUAAAGAUGGCCUAGAUAAGCAAAUCUCUCUGCCUACAGUACCAGCAGCAGCACAGACAUUGAAUCAAGUUUUUAAGAAAGAGAAAGAUGAAGAGGAAGCUGAUGAAGGCAAGAAGCUGUCAUGUGACUCUGUAGAGCAGCUUUCUAAAAAGAUUAGUAAAAGGGUUCUACUGAUUGAAGAGAAUGGGGCUUAUCCUCUCAGAGUUCCAAAAAAUUUCAUUUGUGAACAUUGCUAUGGUGCAUUUAGAAGUAGCUAUCAUCUGAAAAGGCACAUUUUCACCCACACAGGUGAAAAACCAUUUCCAUGUGAUGUGUGUGACAUGAGGUUUAUCCAGAAGUAUCACCUAGAGAGACAUAAACGAGUACACAGUGGAGAGAAACCAUAUGAGUGUGAUCGCUGCCAUCAGGAUGUGGUGGUUGAGAAAAGACCUGACUAUCUGAAAGAACCGAAGAACUUCAUUUGUGAGCACUGCUAUGGUGCCUUCAGUAGCAGCUAUCAUUUGAAGAGACACAUUUUUACACAUACAGGUGAAAAACCAUUUCAGUGUGAUGUGUGUGACACAAAGUUUACUCAGAAGUACCACUUAGAGAGGCAUAAACGAAUCCACACAGGGGAAAAGCCUUUCUUCUGUGACAGAUGCCGGCAGAAUUUUGCCAGAACAGAUCGACUGCAAAAACACAGAAGGUCAUGUCAGGGCAUCGAGGUUAACGUGCCUGAUACUCAUCCCCUACUCUGAGGAAGGGUAAUACGCUUCAGCAUGAACAGUUCUCCUGUGACACUUCCAAAAAACAAGGACAUGAAACACAAAGGUCAAGCACUGGAGAAUCAUGGAUGCAAGAUCUUUAAGACUUAACUCUUCAUAUGACUGAUCUUUUGCAUUCGUUUCUUUCUGGAUAUAAAUUUCCUUUGUUUUUGGAAGAUAUUUCAUGGAAAGUUUUCCUGCAAAAAAGCAGUAGUACAGAGCAUAACACAGAGUAUAGCUUUAGGUGAAUCUGAACUGCAGAACCUGGUAUGUUUCAAAGCCACUAGUUAGAAAAGUAAUGUAUGCUCUUGCAGUAAAAUACAAAAAGUGGACCUUACUUCUAGGAGACCUGUGCAUUGAUUGGAAGGCUUGAUUACAUCCUUCUAAUGCCUGGUUUCUCACUUUUUGUGGUUCAAGGCAUACAUGCCCUUUUACCCUGCACAUAGCAUCUGUGAACCCAGAUUACAGGAUGUCCGUUACUUAAAAUGCACAUAUUUAGUUUCAGCAAACUCAUUCUGUACAUUAACUUUUUAGUCGGGGUCUUAGUCAUCUAGCAAAGCUUGGUGGUCUGGCAGGAUUCCCACGCCCUUUUGUGGUAUUUGGCUGUUAGGGUUCAUUAGUCUGAUUUCAGAUGUAGUGGAAUUACCUAAUUUUUUUUUCUCACUUAAAUCCAUAAAAAAAGAUAUCUGCAGUAGGCAGAUCAUGCCGGAGCACCUUUUCCUGAAAAAAAAAUAAUACUGUACAGGGAAGUACUGUGUUGUAUAUACCUGUGACCAUAUGCAAGGUUUAGCAGUGCUGCCAAACUGCAGUGCUAUGAAAAUCUCUCCAUACCAUUAUUUUGUAAGAUAAAAAGACUAAAUUGGAGAGGAAACAGUCCAGAAAGAUUUUUUUUGUCAAGAGCAGAUAGAGGACCCCUGUUGGUGAAGACCAUAGCCGGCCUUAGGCAUAGGCCAACUAGGCAGCCGCCUAGGGUGCUGGUGUAGCAGAGGCACUUUUUCAGUAGUCUGGAUGGUGUAUGUAGACCAGGAUGGGGACACUGGGGCGCUGUGGAGCCCUUUUGCCUAGGGCACCAGUUGACCAAAGGCCGGUCCCGGUGAAGACUUAACAGUCCAGAUUAAGUACCAGGGACCUUUAGGCUCAAUGGAAUCCUGUGUUUCCUCCCAAAGUCUUUCAGAAGAUAUAGAGGAGUAAGCAAACUGAGAAAGUCUCCUGAGAGUAUGAUUGUGAACGAUAUAGUGGUGAAGGAGUGUUGUGAGCUGAGUCCAAUGUUUGUGUCUGUCAGUGAUGAAACCUAAGGCUGUAGUUUGAAGAUGUCAGCCUGGGGACCUCAUUAUGGUACUGACACAUUGAAACGGUUCCCAUUGUAGGGAUGGCAAAGAAAAAAAUCUUUCCUGGAAAAUGCCUGUCCUAUGAAAGAUAAAUGGACUGUGACAGCAUGCCCAUUUCUCAAGUAGUUAUGGGACCUUUGUCAGUGGAGAAGUAUUCUUUUACUCCCAUUCUCUAUCUGUCUGUCUGUCCUGGAAUUCAUAAUAUGAGUAAGCUGGACUCAGGCUCUUCAAGCAGUUGAUGUGGUCCCUGGCUGCUACCUUUAUCAGUUGGCCAAAUAACUGUCUCAGGAAAAAAAAAAAGAUGGAAGCCAUCCUCCCUGUAUGGAGGGACUUGAAUGAAAUUUUCUCAGCUAUUUUACUUUGCUGUUUGUUAUUUUGGGCAGUUGAUAAGUAGAUUUUUUUAUUAUCUAAUCUUGAUGUGUUUUCUUUUGCAAAUAAAAAAGGUAGAGUACUUGGGAGCCUGUCAGUCUGCUGAACAGACUGUUUUCAAAUGCCAUUUGGUCAUAUAUUAGUGGCCAAAAGUGGCUUUUGGUGAUUAUUGAGGUUGCACUUUUCCCCCCUCGGUUUUGCGACCAUGGAAUUGGAAUAUAUAAGCUGGAUGUGAAAGCCUUCCUGCACAUGGUGGUGCAGGGGGAUGGGCUUGAAAAAAGCUUUUUGCCUUUUUGGCCAUUAGUUUUCAACCAAGUGACAUUCAAAAAAUUGCAUUUACUUGUGAGAGUGUUUUAAAGGGUGUAACUAAAGGUGAAGUGUGUUUUUGAGUAAGACAUAGUUGCUUAAUUCUCUGAGGUCUUGCUGACUAUUUCAUUUUCAGGAAGGAAUCCAUGUGCAUAUGUGGUUUAUAUAAUAUAUUUGGUUUGUCUAAUUUGUAAUGGCGACAUAACAUCGACACAAUGCUGGAAGCCCAGAACAGCAUAGCACACUGAAUCCCAAAUGUCCCUAGUACUGCAGACCCACAAACAAGGUGUAAUAUGGAUCAAAAGAGGGAGAGGCAAGUCCAGGAGUUCGACCUACUAUGUUUCUGGCAUUGUGAGUGUCGAUGUUAUGUCGGCAUUAGCAGUUUCUGUACAGGUCACGUCAAGCAUCUGACAGACAACCUAUAUAUUUCUAUCUCUGUGUACAUGUGUAAUAUAUAUGUCCAAUAUAUAUGUUCACACAC